AUGCAUUUCAUCAAGCCCAUUCUCAUCGCCACCCUGGCACUCGGCGCCCACGCCCAGGACCUAGGAUCAUUAGUCAACUCCGUCGCAGGCGACAUUACUUCUGCAGCAGGCUCAGCAGCAUCCGACAUCACGUCAGCGGCAGGAGCGGUCAAUUCAGACAUCACCUCGGCGGCGCAGUCAUUGGCCUCGUCACUCACGGCAGCACUACCGUCCAUCACAUCGUCGCUCGGGAGUGAAUUGUCGUCGCUAUCGGCCUCGGUUUCGUCGGUGGCAUCAAGCAUCUCCUCCGUGGCCGCCACGGCGGACGAUUCCGUCAGAAGCAGUCUCUCGAGCGACCUCAGCAGUCUUUCUUCGCGCGCCAGCAGUGCUGAGAGCAGUAUUGCAGCCCAAGUCACGUCCGCCAUCAACUCGGCGAACAGCGCCGUCGGCUCUUUUGUCUCUUCCGUCACUAGCACCGGCACUGCCACUGGGAAUGCUGCUGCCAAUACUGGAAACGCAGCUGUCGGAUCAUAUGCUGUCCCAGCAGCAGGUGUGCUAGGAGGAAUUUUCUUGGGAGCCGCUGCUCUGUUGUAA